GCUGGGAAUGGCGGAGAUCGUGCCCAGCAGAGGGCGCUGCCGGACCGGUCCAGGCGGCGGCCGAAGCAGCAGGGAUGCAGUGGGAGGCUGGGUGGCUGGAGAAGCUGAUGCUGCAGAGCCGGUGGGGUCCCAGCGGAGAGCAUGAGGCGCUCAGAGCGGGACGAGCGUGGAGUGGGAGCGCUUAGCUUCGCGCAGCCCUGAGCCAAGCCUCCGCGCGGGACUCCGGAAGACAUGACUAUGGCUGGGGGAAGGAGAGGGCUGGUGGCUCCUCAGAACACCUUUCUGGAGAACAUUGUGCGAAGAUCUAAUGGUAAGGGGAGGAUUGCAUUCACCCGCAGCACGCACAGUAACGGGAGAUGCCUCGGAAGCUGCUUCCCAGGGGCGGCCAGAAAUGCUGCUGAGCGUGGGGCUUGCAGGGGGCAGUGGCAAAGAAAACACAAUACUAAUUUUGUCUUGGGUAAUGCCCAGAUAGUGGAUUGGCCCAUUGUAUACAGCAAUGAUGGAUUUUGCAAGCUAUCAGGAUAUCACAGAGCAGAAGUUAUGCAAAAAAGCAGCACCUGCAGUUUUAUGUAUGGGGAGCUGACAGACAAAGACACAAUUGACAAGGUGCGACAAACGUUUGAGAACUACGAAAUGAAUUCCUUUGAAAUCUUGAUGUACAAAAAGAACAGGACACCUGUCUGGUUCUUUGUGAAAAUUGCUCCGAUUCGAAAUGAACAGGAUAAAGUGGUUUUAUUUCUUUGCACUUUCAGCGACAUAACAGCUUUCAAACAGCCCAUUGAGGAUGAUUCGUGUAAAGGCUGGGGGAAGUUUGCUCGCUUGACACGAGCUCUCACAAGCAGCCGGGGCGUCUUGCAGCAGCUUGCUCCAAGCGUGCAGAAAGGAGAGAACGUUCACAAGCAUUCUCGACUUGCCGAGGUACUGCAGCUGGGCUCUGAAAUCCUUCCACAGUACAAACAAGAGGCACCAAAGACUCCACCACAUAUCAUUUUACAUUAUUGUGUUUUCAAGACAACCUGGGACUGGAUCAUCCUGAUUUUAACCUUCUACACUGCUAUUCUGGUCCCUUACAACGUCUCCUUUAAAACCAAACAGAACAACGUGGCCUGGCUGGUGGUAGAUAGUAUUGUAGAUGUCAUUUUUUUAGUAGACAUUGUGCUUAAUUUCCAUACCACUUUUGUCGGGCCGGCUGGAGAGGUGAUCUCAGACCCAAAGCUGAUCCGCAUGAACUACCUGAAGACCUGGUUUGUGAUUGAUCUGCUUUCUUGCUUGCCAUACGACGUCAUCAAUGCAUUUGAGAAUGUCGAUGAGGGAAUCAGUAGCCUGUUCAGUUCACUGAAAGUCGUCCGACUUCUUCGGCUGGGUCGUGUGGCUCGGAAGUUGGAUCAUUACAUUGAGUAUGGAGCAGCAGUCUUGGUUCUGCUGGUGUGUGUGUUUGGUCUUGCAGCUCACUGGUUGGCUUGCAUUUGGUACAGCAUAGGAGAUUAUGAAGUUAUCAAUGAGGAUACAAACACAAUCCGAACGGAAAGUUGGCUCUACCAGCUGGGGGAGUCCAUAGGAACGCCUUAUCGGUUUAACACGACAGGUUCGGGGAAAUGGGAAGGGGGGCCAAGCAAGGAUUCUGUUUAUAUCUCCUCGUUGUACUUCACAAUGACGAGCCUCACCAGUGUUGGAUUUGGGAACAUUGCCCCCACUACAGACGGAGAGAAGAUCUUUGCAGUUGCUAUGAUGAUGAUUGGCUCACUUCUGUAUGCAACCAUUUUUGGUAACGUGACAACCAUCUUUCAGCAAAUGUAUGCCAACACAAACCGGUACCAUGAAAUGCUGAACAGCGUCCGGGACUUCCUUAAACUCUACCAAGUGCCCAAAGGUCUGAGCGAACGUGUGAUGGACUAUAUCGUUUCCACUUGGUCAAUGUCCAGGGGGAUAGAUACUGAAAAGGUUUUACAGAUCUGCCCUAAGGAUAUGCGAGCAGACAUCUGUGUGCAUCUGAACCGCAAAGUUUUCAAGGAGCACCCAGCAUUCAGACUGGCUAGCGAUGGGUGCCUUCGAGCCCUGGCCAUGGAAUUUCAGACUGUACACUGUGCCCCUGGGGAUCUGAUCUACCAUGCUGGCGAGAGUGUGGACAGCCUUUGCUUUGUGGUUUCAGGGUCUUUGGAAGUAAUCCAGGACGAUGAAGUUGUUGCUAUUUUGGGCAAAGGAGACGUUUUUGGCGAUGUGUUCUGGAAAGAAGCUACCCUUGCUCAGUCCUGUGCUAAUGUAAGAGCCUUGACUUACUGUGACCUUCAUGUGAUUAAAAGGGAAGCCUUACAGAAAGUGCUGGAAUUCUAUACAGCCUUUUCUCACUCCUUCUCCAGGAAUCUCAUCUUAACCUACAACUUGAGAAAAAGGAUUGUGUUCCGGAAGAUUAGUGAUGUCAAACGUGAAGAAGAAGAGAGGAUGAAAAGGAAGAAUGAAGCGCCUCUGAUUCUACCACCAGACCACCCGGUCCGUCGGCUGUUUCAAAGAUUCAGGCAACAGAAAGAAGCUCGGCUAGCGGCAGAAAGGGGGAGGGAUCCAGAUGACCUGGAUGUGGAAAAGGGCAACAUUCUUGCAGAGCACUCUCGCGCUAUUGUGAAAGCUAGUAUCGUAACGGUCAGGGAGAGCCCUGCAACCCCUGGUUCGUACCAGUCUGCUUCAACAUCCGGUGUGCCCGAUCAUGCCAAAUUGCAGGCCCCUACGUCAGACUAUGCAGGGUGCAAAGUGUCCGGUGAAUACUCAAGACGCAAAGGCUGGGCCAAAUUCAAAGAUGCUUGUGGAAAGGGGGAAGACUGGAACAAAGUAUCCAAAGCAGAAUCCAUGGAGACUUUACCAGAAAGAACUAAAACUUCAGGAGAGACUACACUGAAGAAGACAGACUCUUGUGACAGUGGCAUUACAAAGAGUGACUUGCGCUUGGAUAAUGUUGGGGAGACAAGGAGCCCUCAGGACCGAAGUCCUGUCCUUGCAGAGGUCAAGCACUCUUUUUACCCUAUCCCAGAACAGACUCUUCAGGCUACCAUGCUGGAAGUAAAACAUGAGCUGAAAGAGGACAUCAAGGCUUUAAACACAAAAAUGAACAGUAUAGAAAAACAGCUUGCGGAGAUACUAAGGAUAUUAACCUCAAGAAGAAGCUCUCAGUCACCACAGGAGCUGUUUGAAAUAUCAAGGCCCCAGUCUCCAGAAUCAGAAAAGGACAUUUUUGGAGCAAGCUGAGAUGUUUCUCUUUUAAAACACAAAAACCCACACAAAUAAACACCCACCCACCCCAACCAUUUUAAAUUUAGCCUUUCUUGAUGAAAACCAGUGAGGGACCAGUUCAUUAAGCAUGUUCCCUGUUUCUAAAAAAAGUGCUGUCCCGCUUUCCAGAGAACAUCCAGUUUAACAUCUGCGAAGGUGAUGUUCUACUUCUACAGUACUUCACUUUAAUGAGCCGAAAGAGCUAUUUGCUGUGAAUAUCCUGGUGAUUUUUUUUUUUUGACACAGUGUUGAUAAGUUUGUGGAACAACUUAAAACACGAUUUUUGUCUUUACUAUAUAAAUUUCAGUGUAUAUGAUAACAUGUAUACAUACAUACACACACACACAUUAUAUAUAUGUAUGUAUAGAUAAGUCUAUGGAUUGUAUAUCAGUCAAAUAACAGCACAUCCUUCAUUUAAUGAUAAAGGUUCAGGAAGGGAACAUAAGCUUUCCCCAGUAGGUAUCCAUUGAAAUGUUCUAGUCUGGUAUGUUUCUAUUGAUCAUUAACCUUUUCAGGCCACAGCAUUUCUUUGGUUUCUCUUCUAGGCCUAAAGUUAAUUAACCUGACUAGCUUAUGAUACCAUGACUGCCAUGGGAUCUGGCAAACAUUGUGACAGCCAGAAAUUGGAAACACACACGAGGUUCAAAAACACGGCAUAAUUGCUGAGAACCUGGUUCAUAAUCCACAGCUUGUUGCCAUUCACUGUAUCUCUAAAGCAAAGUUGAGCUAGUCCUGGUUCUUGUGGUUUCUCCCCGAGGAUGGAGUCCAGAAUAAAUGUUCUUUUUCUGGUACCAGGUGCUGUCUCAAAGGUGCUGAGAAUACUAUACUUACCCUGGGGCAAAGUGUCUUUCAAUGACUUGAGUCAAACAUUUCUUGUCACUGCACCUCUAUUUUCUUAUCCUGGCACUAGGGGUAGAAAUGCACUUGCCAUGUUGGCCUCUGAAUGCCUGACUUCGACACAGAGGAAGCCAGUAGCCGAAGGCUCUCUCCUGUGAGUGUAUAGGCAAUAACGAAGUCUGUAGUUCAUCGGUACUUCUGAGUAAUAAAGACAAACAUCUCAAAGAACGCCCCGCUAAUCCAAUGUGCGCUACAGUAAGUACUGAGGUUUAUUGUACUCUUGUUUCUAGACCACAGUGUUGUGGUGAACAUUGAUUCAAUUAAUUUAAAAAUAAAGCUUCUUGCAAUAAAACAUUCAACACUUAGCCUUAAGACCCGUCAUAAGUGAGCUCAAACUGUGAUUCAGUUCUGUAGUGUUUACAGUGUUGUCUAAAUAUAAAGCACUUUGAUUAGCUUUCUAAGUCUAAUGGAAGUCACUUGUAGGUAAUUACUUAUUGCCGCCUUAUUAGUUAAAUAAAUGACUCCAGCAGCCCUUUCCCCCAAACAAAACAUCAUUGUCUAAACACUUUUGUAUAUCAGGGAGCUGACACAUCUAUUGCUGAAGUGUUUGUGUUUAGGUGGUGGUUUUGGGGUUUUUUUACAGUUCAAUAAAGCUGAUGUGACUUUACCUGCAGCUGUUAUUUGUUUCAAACUGAUUUGAGUGUUGUGUAAACACGUUUAAUGUGUAAUCCCAGAGUGUCUCUGUAACUGGAUUUAAAUGCCCAAUGUUAAUGAAGUAACUUGGGGUUUUCAUGAAACUGCUCUGAAAAACUGGUGACUUUAUUUUUUUUGGUCUUAUUCCCACUGAAUACGUCACUAAAGUAGGAAAAGAAUCACUUUAGCUGUAGAUGGGAAAUUCAAUAAUCUUGUAUCAGGAUUAACUGCUAUAUAAAGAAAUAUGACUUUUUCUAAUGAAUGUGCUAUAUUGCUGUACUACAUAGAAUCAAUAUUUGUACAUCUGUUGGAAAUCUGUCUGCGUUUAAAUAUUUAGCCACCACUGCAUGGACACUUUAUUGAUAUGCAGUUAUGCAGUUGCUCUGGCACUUUUAAAUGUAUUUCAUUUGUUUUCAUCUCUUCAGAAACCCACUCUCUUGGUUUUUUUUCUUUGCAUUUGUCACUUUGCUCAAUCAAGCAUGAAUUAAAAGAGAAAAGAAUGAGUAGAUACUAUUUUUGUGGUCAGCAGAGACGCUGCCAGUACAUAUACUGUAUAUCUCCUGUUUUGGAAUGUUCAAAUACAGUUGCAGUCACCUACAUUAAUAUGCCCUUAUCAACAUUUUUAAAC